AUGGACGUGCAUUUUGUGCGUCGAAACCGAGUGACAGGACGGCAUGAACCCAACGUGACGGAUGGAAUUUUGAUGCAGACCCGUGCCGGGCGGGCAGAGCGCAAGACCAGGAGAGCGGGUCAACGCGCCGUGCAAUUGCCGGUGUCCACAAGGCGAUCGGAAGGGCCGCUUCGGGGGCUGUUCAAGAAUGCAGAACGACGGACGGUUGGCGAGCGGCGAGCUCGUCGCCAAGAGCACAAGAUGGCCGUCCGAGUCGACGACGACAUCACAAGCUAG